GUUUAAUUAAACACAGCUGGACUCCAAUGAAGGAGUAGAACCAUCUCAAGGAGGAUCAGAAGAAAUGGACAGCAUAGCAGUCCCCAGUGUACGCCCUGUUGUAUGAAGGUGUCUUUGGAACAGCAAGUGGCAGAGCUGAAGGUGAACACUGAGGUCCAAUCAGUGGAUACUCCAUCUGAUCUAGAGGACGGCCAACUAAUUUCAGCAUCUGAUGGGACAGGGAAGACAGAGACAGGAGAAACAGACCCAACAAGAUGGGCCAAGGUUACUGAUGCUUUGGGGGAGAUGAGGGACGUUGACCCCAGUCAGGAGUAUUCUCAACAAGCCCACAAAGUUAAGACUUAUAUAUUUGGGUUGAUCCAACGUCGAGCUGUACCCACACACUCUUCAAAGCUACGUACCAGCCUGGUACAUGAUGCCCGAGCUGUCAGUGUGGUGAGGCAGAGUAGUAUAUGCCGCAUGGAGAAGCAACAUUCACCAAAACAGGUGUCUGUUCAAGAGAUCUCUACUCGAUCCCAGGGUUCAGAGGGAACGGCUCCAGAGGCUCCCCAUAACCUUGAUCAGGACCCUUAUCUAGGGACAGGGUUUACUGAAGAUGUCCCACCUCUGUACCACCACAAUCUCCAGCAAAGUAUCCAACAUCAACCAGUGCUUCAUCACAGGCCCAGGCAGAUGAACACCUCCCGUUCAACAUUGGAGGACUAUGCAUCUUACAGAGUGCUGAAAGCCCACCCAGACUCAAGUAAUGGCGAGUUUGAUACACCUCAACAUUUCCACAAUUACCCUUCGCAUCCAGCUCUGUCAAAGCCUCACCAACCACUUUCACCUGAAGAGCAGCUGGUCAAAGCAGAGUAUAUUCCAGCCCAGCCUGGCCGAGCCUUCACCAGAGCUUAUGCCCAUCACCACUCCGACCCCUACAAGGGGCCUGGGGUGCCGAACCGAACCAGAUAUUUGCCAGAAAGAAACCAUCAUCAUCAAGAGCAGCAGCCCACAGCACCUCAGAUCCAACCUUCAAGAUCCCGAGGGGGGCCAAAGAAGUGUCACUCAAAUGAAGACAGAAAUGGUGCUAGCAGGAAGCCAGGGAAGAAGGCAUGUAGGUCUCAGUCAGAGAAUAGCCUGCAAAGGGCUCCAGAUCGCAAGUACAAUACAGUGGAGAGAGAUGGUGGAGGAAGUGGAAGCGGUGGAAGGGGAAGCCGUAGUAGUCAAUCCAGGAGCAAGAAACAACAGCAAGGAGGUGGUAGCUGUCGGCCCUGGCAAUCCACCCUGGAGCUCAGUCAAGAUGAGACUGUCCAGCCACCAAUGCAGGCAACCAUGCGAGGCUCUUCAGCUUCAAACCAAAGAGACCAUUGUGCAAGGCGCACACACAAAUAUCGCCAUACACAUACAUCACAUGCCUACAUAAACUAUCACCACUCCCACCAUCAUCAGCACAUGGAGUACCAGUUAGAGAGGGAACAAGUGCCAAUUUGUCAACCUAAUGAGGAAUACCCUAGCUUACGUCAGGGUGAGUCUGAGUCAAGCAUGAGCGAAGCUGACUCUCCAGACUCCAGCUCUUUGUCCAGUGAUUCAGAUGAGAGUGGUGGUCUUGUUUGGCCCCAGCAACUACCCCCACAACUCUCCCUCCCUUCACCUUCUGCCCCACCUGGGCCACCUCUGCACCCCAAGGCUUUUGUCAAGAUUAAGGCUUCACAUGCUCUUAAGAAGAAGAUCCUGCGCUUCCGCACUGGUUCACUGAAAGUAAUGACCACUGUAUAAAGUGGAAACUGGCCAUACUAAAACUGACAGCAGAUCUUUGGACUACGUAGAA